AUGAAAUAAUUAAAAAGAGGAAUAAUAAUAGUUGCUAUUUUAUAAGUUAUUUUUGCUUAACAAACAAUACAGAGUUCUAAAUUAUAUUCAUGCAUUUAAAAUAUAAAAACUCCUUGUUCAGGAACAGAUACUGUCUGCUAAGUUGAUUAUGGAACUUUCGGCUAAUGCUAUGUGGCUUGUGCUUCUUCAACAACAUCACUACCAUCUUAUGAGGAAUGCAUAUAAACUUGUAUUAAAUAAUGUCCGAAUCCAUUAGUACAGUCUUUUGGAAGUUCAAUUUUAAAUUGCUAUUCAACUAACUAUUCAGCUAUAACUUAAGGGUCGAUCUUAAUAUUUAUUUUAUUAAUUUUGGUAUUUUGA